AUAGUCUUCACAUCACAGGCACACUAUAGAUUGCGAUAGAAUUUACUACACGCUCUCUGUGUAUUGGGCAUGUACCGACAAAAUGAAUUAUUUACAUGUAGUCUAUAUAAUUUUUAAAGUGUGGUAUAACUUAUUGAUUUCAGUAGUCUUCAGUAUGGAGUCCUCCCUUAUCUUCUCGACAGGUGACUCAACACUUAGUCAGGCAGAUUCAGCAUUGGUGAACUUUGCAUCAUCAUUUUUGAAGGAUUACGACAUCGGAGUUAAGUGCCAAUUUUGCGAACUGUGUGGAAAAAGCUGCAAAGAUAUAGCGGAACUUCUAGAACACCAACUAGUGUGUAUUCAACGACAAGAGACUACAUCAGUAGAUACUGGUAGUUUGGCCAGUUUAGAGGAUUAUAUGUUGGAAGGCGUAGGGAGAUUUAAAUGUGAAAUAUGUUGUAAAUAUUUUGCGUUUGAGAAUUAUUUAAAAGCUCAUCAUCGAAUUCACACUGGUGAGAAACCGUAUAUGUGUAAAAAAUGUGACAAGACAUUUACAUUUGCAUCUGCCCUGAUCAAACAUGUUAUGUACGUGCACAAUAACAUACGACUGUAUAAAUGCAAAGAAUGUGAAGCUACGUUUGUAGAGAACACCAAACUUGUGCGUCAUUUGAUGGUUCACACUGGAGAAAAGCCAUAUAAGUGUGAGUUUUGUGAGAAAACAUUUCAGUCCAAACAAAACAUUGAUAUCCACGAGAGAACACACUCUGGUGAAAGACAUUUCAAGUGUCUUCAAUGUGAAAAGACUUUCACAUCAAAUAUUUUACUUAAGAGACACACUAUGAUCCACAAGGGAGAGAAACCAUUUAAAUGUAGCACCUGCCAGAAAGAUUUCAGAAAAAAGGAUCGAUUAGUGGAGCAUAUUAAAAAGCACAGAGAAAAUGGAUAUAAAUGUAUUUACUGUUCUUCUGGAUUUAAAAGUGAAGAUCUCUUAAAGGAGCAUCAAAAGGUACAUACAUUUAAGUGUGAAACCUGUCAACGUACAUUUGGAAAAAAACUCCUCCUGAAAUCACAUCGUAGAGUCCACCAAGAAAGAAAGUAUAAUUGUGAAUUAUGCACAAAAUCCUACAAGUACAAACAGCAGCUUAAAGUGCAUAUGGAGACACAUGUAAUCGUCAAAACCAAAAAGGUUAAAACUGGUGAUACAUUGCAAAAAAGCCAAAAAAUGAUAGAUCCAGGAUUGAUCUAAUUGCUUAAAGUGAUACUAUGCAUAUUUUUAGCAAUCUUUGGCAAAAUAAAGACUUACUUUUGAACUUCAAAUUUUUUAAACAUAUCCAUAGUGCCCCUUUAAUAAAAUAAAAUUGAACAAAGGAUUAUAUAUUAUUCAAUUAUUUAGAUGAUAUGUUAGGAGAGCCAGUUGAGUUGGAACAUGGUUUUCCCCCAUCUUAUAGUCCAGCACACCCCAUCUACUAUUCUAGUAUUUGUUCCAUAAACCCCCUCCAUAUUAUUCAAUUAAAUAUGUAAAUUCAAAUGAAGCCCAAGGAGGAUUGGCUCCCAGGGACGCUGAUCGAUAUUCUGUUCCAUAUAUGGAUAUGACAUAGUCAUGAUAUGAAUACAAAAUUCAAUCAAGAUUAUUGGCCAUUCUCCUUGCAGCCGUAGAGAUAUACAGGCAGGAUUGGAAACUAGUCAGUAUCGAUUGGAGUUUAAAGAACAUCGAGUUGGAACCCUGGCUUCCAAUCCUCCUUGUGAAGCCCUGAAUAUUUGAAGAUAGUGAAAUUGUUUCUUCUAUAGGAAUUCUUUGACAAAAUAGUGUUGUAUGAAAUACUGCAAAAAACUCAUUUCAAACGAAUUUGAUUAUGAAUGAUUAAAACUGCUCAAAUCAACUAAUAUUAGAUAGCCAAGAAUGAUUUGAAAGGUCAAUUUUCUAAAAACCUUGCUUCAACUGUACUAUUCAAUGAAAUACAUUGAAAACAUUUAUUAAAUAGAACCCACUGCACCCACUUGAGAUUUUAAAAAUACAUGUAGGCUUGCACCCACCUGAGAAUUCAUUGCACCAUUAAAAAUGAGAAAAAUGAAAUGAUAAAUAGGCAUAUUUUGUGAAAAUUGUGAAUUAAAUCAAGAAUUUUGCACCCGUUUGAGAAAAAAUCUUGGUGAGAACACUAGAAUUGAUCAAUUUCUGUCAAAAAUCGAUUUCUAAUGUACAAGUAUGUUUAUGUGACAAGAUCAGCCUGUUGAUGCACUUAUUAUUCUCAAUACCAUAUUUUUCAAAAGAAUUUCAAGUUUAAGACUCUGGUCAAAAUUUGAUUUGCACACAUUUAAAAAACUAUUUGAUGAUCUCUCUGAGACUUGAACAAUUUUAGCAUAUGGAAAAAAUCAAAACUCCCUUAACAUUGAGGAAUUAACUGAUUUGGUUGAUUGCUCAAUGCAUACAUGUAUUAACAGGCUUGCAUUAAUCAAUAAUCAAUAAAAAUGUUUCACUCCCAAACAACUCCAAAUUUUAUUAUGACUUUGAUUCAGUAUCAUUCAUCCAAUUUAGGCUGGUUGUAAAUAUUAAUGUUGCAGAAUUAUAAGCAAUUGAAGUAGAAUUCCACUUAUGGGAAAUUGAACAGAAUUAAUAGAAAAAUAACACGGUUGUACUGCUAUCAACCAUAUUUUGUGGUGAAUCAUGUGUUAAUACAUGUUUAUGAAUAAACGAGUCAACCACAAUACUGUAUAUCGUGACAGCCAUUUUCCCAGAGCCAACAAUGAACAUCCUACUACUGUAUUUGUAUAACGAACAGGUGUUUCUACAAUGGUAAAUGCUAAAAAUAUGAUGAUGAAUGUUUCAAAAUGUUUAUACAGCAGUCCGGUAGGGUACAACUAUUAUGAUUAAUCUGUGUGGUCAAUCUCAAUUGUACAAGUAUAUUGAUGCACAUACAGGAUUUUAAAGCAACUCUGUAACUCUUCUGUAGUUUUCUGUCAUUUUGUCAAAGUAUUCUAUUUAUUCAAUGAGUAUACACUCCCCUUCAUAAGUUUGGCAACCGGACGUUUCGAUUUGGAUCACUUGUCAAUCCUCUUCAUGUUUUGCGAUAUAAAGAUAUUCAUUGAAAUUGUCAUGAAUAUCCAAGCUCAGUGAUCUCCCCAGCAUUGGAAGUGGGCACUGCACCCACUUGAGAUUUUGAAUGUAGACUUGCACCCACCUGAAAAUCCAUUUGUACCCACUUGAAAAUAAGGAAAAUCAUUAAAAUAGGCAUAUUUUGACCAAAAAUCUUAAUUGUGAAAUCAAGAAUUUUGCACUCACUUGAGAAAAAAAUCUUGGGGAGAACAAUGAAACUAUUGAAACCAAUGAACAAAAUCAAGAUUCAAACAUUAAAAGGCUUUCAUAGUGAUACGCUAUAGAAUGAAAACAUCUAGUUGUCAAACAUAUGGAGGGGAGUGUACAUUGUUUUGGGUUUAGUUCUUGUGCCCCCCCCCCCCUAAAAGACUUAUGGGGGGAGUGUACAUUGUUUUGCGUUUAGUUCUUGUGCCCGCCCCAAUCUUAUGGAGGGGAGUGUACAUUUUUUCGCGUUUAGUUCUUGUCCCUCCCCCACUUUGUAAUGGCUACCCUUGGUAUAGCUAGUAGCUACCUGUAUACAUGGAUUUUGUUUUCACCCAGAUUUCUGGAAAAUAAGGCCAUGAUUCCUCACUUGUGCAGGACCUGACUUAAGACUCGUUAUAUCUAGUCUAUUUACCAUGUUCACCUUUAACAGUUUAAGGCUCCAACUGACAUUAUUUCACCCAAGAAUUUUUUAUGUAAACGUCACUGAGUAAAGUUGUUGGAAAUAUA